UGAAUGUGACCAAUUAGGAGGUUACAAUCUAAGUCUUAGGGGGUUCUAGCUAGGAAGUGCAGAAUGACGUUGGUUAGAAACUUAGAAUGAGAGGAUAUCUCUUCGUCUAGCUCCCUCUAAUCUUCAUUUGAAUUGGUCCCUUAUCUUGGGUAGAUCUCCGUCUUUACCCUGUUUUUUCCAUGAGGACCAAGAUCCGUAUUGAUCUUUUUCCUAGAUGGUGGAGGGUUCUUAUCUGCUUCAACCUUCCAUACUUCCCCAUGAACCCUAAUGUCCCCAUAGCUCAUUUUUUGUAAUACCCAAUUGUAUCAUUUUGAGACGAGCUAGCGGUGUCAAACAACUUAUUUUCUCGAGGAGUUCUUGUAUUACUAAUCUUCCCCAUAUUUUCCCUUGUUUUAGGGUUUUUAAUGUAUUCCCCCUUCCUAUGAGCUCCAACCCGUUUUCUUUCUUCUUUCGCUUUUUCAGUUUGUGUAUAUAUCCAUAUAAUAGGGAAAAGUGGGUUAAUAAGAGUGAAGUGAAAAGUAUAAUCUCGUUUUGAGGAAUCAAUGGAGUGUUCGGAAGAAGGAGGUUGAUCAGAACCUGAAGAGGAAUAAGACUUUUUUUUUUCAAUUUGGUUCCGUGGUGAGAGAGUGUAAUGAAUGAGACUUAGAUGAGUUGUAGCCGAUCUAAAUAGUGAUGAAAAGGGUAAUUGGAGAGUCCUUUUGGGAAGAGCGUGAUUUGAUAGUGGUAGUUUUUCAAGAUUAUCAUCAUAACUCACUUUUCUCUUCUCAAUACACGCUUAAUGAUUGCUAGGCUAGACUAGGAUAGGGAGAACAGGUUGUCCAAGUUGUUCCAUGAUCUGAGCAUAUAAUUGACUGUAGGAAAAAUAAUACAUACCUGAAGCAUUUGCUAACCAUAUGCAAUCUUUGAUUUUAGGCUUGCUUCUGUGACAAUCAUAAUAUUAGACUUUAAAAAGAUCAUGAAUCUAUUAUGGUAUAGACGUACAACCAAAUGUACAAGACUAAGUAAAAUAUUUUGAUUACUUGAAGAAUUACACAGUUUGAGACAACCUUCCUAACCAAAUUUGAGAAACCUAUGUGCAUCUUUAAUCAUUGCCAACAUCAACAUAAUUGUUUAUUUUAUAAGCUAUUUGGGAAGACUUCUUCAAUUUAGUCAGCCACUGGGAUUAAUCUAACCCCCCUUAGUGUGUCAUGCCACUUUGUGCUAAGUUGGAGAUCUAGCAAUAUUGACAUUUAUUUCUAUUUCCCAGGGAAGGAGCAUGCUAGACUCCUUAGUUUUGGCCGUAACAUAUGCUAAGCAUAUUACAAAACCUGACCACAUGUAUUUGCCUUUACCAAGAAUUAUGUCUUCUGGUUUUGCUUCCUUUGGGAUCCUGAAUUUUAGCCCUUAAUCUCAGGAGUGGACAAUACCUAUUUCAGCUGACCAUUUCCUUUAUUUUGGGGAACUGGUUCCUGCACCUGCUUGAUGGACACAUGGGUAAUAACAAUUUGUUGAUCCUCCAUUUUGCUCUUGUCAACAAUUACUUUCUCCCUUAUUAUAGCUUUUGCUUUUUCACAUAAUCUCAUCAUUUGUAGCUUGUUCAUUGGUUCCAUAGUGGCUUACAUAAGAUGUUCCCUGUGUCUUUGAGAAGUAUUCUUUCUUCAUAGGAGGUGUUUUCUUCAUCUUUGAUUUUCACUUGAAGUCCUGCUUAGAGUGUUUUGCUAAUUUUUCAGUGGUGAACCAUGGUCAUUUACUUGUUUCAUCUAAGGUACCCCUGUCUGAUUUCUUUCUCACUUAAGUGGACUAAAUGAAAUUUCUUUUGCAUUACCAUUCUUUUCCUUUUUCUAAGAGUUAGGAGAAUUAAUUUUCUGAUUCCCUUUUUGACUUGAGCAAGCACUAUUCUUAGGUCAUUAAAGCUUGCUCUUCUACUCUUCUUACCUGCAAAAAUAUUCAAGGGUAGGUUUAGGCACCCAAGCAAGCUUGGGUCCUUUUCCUUUAACCAUCGGAUAUAUCAGCUCUUUCUUUGUCCAUUCAGGCAAAGCCCAAGUGAACCUAUUUCUAACACCAGUUAUACCCUUCUUGAUUGGCUUGGUGCUUGUAGUUGCAAUCUUCAGAUUUCUCUCUUUUUAGGAACUUCUUGAAGAUUCUUGUAAUCAGGGCUAUGUCAUCUUCAUCCUAUCUAUUAGUGACUUUGAGCGCCUUCCAUCAUUCUUCAACCCAUUAUAGAGCCACAUCUGCUUCGUUCGCUGCAAGAUGGUAUAUUUCGAGAGAGUGAUUGGUUCUACCUAGUCGAGGUAUGCACUAUUACUUGUUUGCGGAUUUUUUUAUGAAAGGGCUGCGUUUGAGACCGUUAAAUUUAAAGUCUUCAAGUUAGAUGUAAUCAAAGGUGAACUGAUGGAGGAGCCGAGGAGGAGAUUAACACCUUGGGAGAUCCAACAAUUUUUUUGGGUCUUGGUGGUGCAGCAAGUUUCGUCGACUCCUCUAAGUUUACCGGAGUCAAGGCUAAUCACAUAUACUUUACUGAUCAGUUGUAUUACCAAAAAAGGCUCGUCACGGGGGAAGAUGGUGGUGGAAGGGAUAUGGGGGCUUACAAUCUUGAAGACGGAAAAAUUGAAUCUUUUUAUCCUGGUUUGUCAAUAAGCCCGAUUUCUCCACCUGCUUGGGUCACACCUUCACUCUUAUAAUAAUGUGUAAACAGAUGGAGAAAAAGGGAGAGAAACAAUUUAGGCGGAUAAAACCAAUGGAAUAUUUGAUGAUGGAGAUCCUAGCUGAUGAAGUGAAGCAAGGAAAUAAAUCAACUUUCCGUGCUGUUUGCCAAGUGGGUUAAAGUGAUAGAAGAUUUCAUUAAUUUCUGUGCUGUUUGUACCUCUUUGGCGAUCUGCUGCUUCCAAGGAUCUCUUUGAUGUGCUUUUGCCCAAAGUUCCGCUGCUUAUGUUGGCUGACAAAGAUGAUGAUUAUCAAGAAUUUUACUCUCAUUCCAAGAAGAAAGUUUCGUGCAUAUUUCUACCAGAAGCGAGAGGGCGAGAUUGUUUUCCAACAGAGGGAUGGCUUUGUACCGUGUCAAGUACGGGGGAAAUAAACUUGUUGCAUCCUUUCUCCCGUACCCAAAUUCAACUUCCUCCAGAUGAAUCCUCAUUGGAUUUAUGUAUUCUUGAUGAAGACGACGAAGAACAAAAAUUCCGUUACAGAAUUGUUAAUGCCAUCUUAUCUGCCAACCCUUCUCUUACAUCAGAUUAUGUACUGGUGAUUUCCUAUAGUGCAUUAGAAUGCCUUUUAGCUUUCUGGCGACCUGCUAACCUCAAGUGGACGUGUAUUGACUAUGGUAGUAAUGUUUAUGACGUCUCCAAUAUGGUUUACUAUAAGGGCCGACUUUAUGUCUUGGAUAAUAACAUUUGCCAAGUCUGGGUUUUUGACAUUCUGGGCCAGAGGCCUUCCAUCAUUCCUGAACACAUUAUAGAGCCACAUCUGCUUCGUUUGCUGCAAGAUGGUAUAUUUCGAGAGUGUGGUUGGCUCUACCUAAUUGAGAUAUGCGGUGCACUAUUACUUGUUAGCCGAAUUCCUGAUAAAAGGACUGGAUAUGAGACCGUUAAAUUUAAAGUCUACGAGUUAAAUGUGAUCAAAGGUGAACUGAUGGAGGAGGAGAUUAACAACUUGGGAGAUUCAACAAUUUUUUUGGGUCUCGGUGGUGCAGCAACUUCCGUCAACUCCUCUAAGGUUACCGGAGUCGAGGCUAAUCACAUAUAUUUUACUGAUCAGCUAGGUGGUGGUGGAAGAGAUAUGGGGGCUUACAAUCUUGAAGAUGGAAAAAUUGAAUCUUUUUAUCCUGGUUUGUCAAUAAGCCCGAUUUCUCCACCAGCUUGGGUCACACCCUCACUCUUGUAAUAACGUGGUGAUUGCAGCUUACAAUCUUGAAGAUGGAAAAAUUGAAUCUUUUUAUCCUGGUUUGUCAAUAAGCCUGAUUUCUCCACCAGCUUGGGUCACACCCUCACUCUUGUAAUAACGUGGUGAUUGCACUCACCUCCAGUUGUUGUCUCCUUUUCAGUUUGGUGACUAAUUAUUAAGUGUUUCAAAAAUGCAAUGGCUGCAGAUUUCUUUUAAAUUCUAUUUGUAAUAGUAAACAAAUGGAGAAAAAGGGAGAGAAACAACUUAGGUGGACAAAACCAAUGGAAUAUUUGAUGAUGGAGAUCCUAGCUGAUGAAGUGAAGCAAGGAAAUAAAUCAACUAAUGAGUUUAAGGUCAUUUCAUUCAAUUGUGCUUCGGAUGCCAUUAAUCAACAACUAGGAGUACACUGUUCAGCUAAACAUGUGGAGAAUCAUCUUAAAACAGUACGUAGCACAUGGAAUACCAUAUAAACUCUACUAAACUAAAGUAGUCUUGGAUGGGAUGACAAUUUGAAGAUGAUUACUGCGAGUCCCAGAGUAUGGAGAGCCACAUUCAGUUCGGAGAAAGGCAAUGAUAUUGACAUUGAAGGACCAUCCAAGGAAAAAGAUGUAGUUUUAUUAAACUUCUCAAGGCAAGUCGGAAAAUGCGCAAGAUGUGGUCGGUGAUAUAUCAACAAAGCUCGGAGAAUUGACAGCAACAAUCAAUAAGAUUGCUGAUAGUCGACUAGAUGUGACAAGGUUGUAUGAAGAAAUUAUGGCAAUGGAAGGUUAUGAGGAAGAGUUCGUAGGUGACGCUUUUGAUUAUUUGGUGCAAAGUGACACUUUAGCUAAGGCAUUCAUGGAAAAAAUCAAAAUCUCCACAAAGUGCGGUUGGAACGAUUCAAACGACAACGAUAGAAUACACAAAUUGGUUGAACGAACAUAGCUAGAUAGGCUUUGAAAACAAUUGUUAUUCUCACAUUUUCAUUUUUUAACUUCAAAUUCCAAUUUGGUUUUUAAUGUUUUAUAACUAUUUCUGAUUUUGUUUGUUUGAUGAAAGAUGGGUUUCUUUCAGAA